UCUACACCCUGCCUGCGUGUACCUUGAUAAUCAGCUUGUGUCUACUUCCUACUGUGAGGGGGAUCAACCUUCACCAUGUGCUUGUGGUACAAGUCACGCAGAUAAAGUCGACAGGCAGUACUCAUCCCAGACACAAUGUAGACCCUAUACUUUAUGGUCGACAGGCACAGGUUCUCCUGUUUAACGCAGGCAAUCACAUUCUGUGCAGCCUACGGUACAUCUAAGUCCUGGUUGUGUGUUUGCCAUGUGGUACUGUGGAUGGAAACUUUAAACAACAGUUUUUCAAGGAUACAGAUUGUCAAGAUUUCAUUUUGUGUUCCAGUUCUUACAAGAAAUCGUUUAAAUGUCAGUUGACAGUUAAUUGUGACAGGUGAUUGUUGUCGUCGUAAGUCACCUGGACUUGAAACUUUCAAACAGCAGUAUAAAUUUCAACAGACUGGUUUAAUGAUCGUAAUUCCCGAGGUGUUACCAUCAUGAACCUGGCCUGCUUGGUAGAGACAACUGAUGACUGAGUGAUUCAGUGUACAUUCAUUGGAGACACAAAUGAUCUUUAUUGCUUCUGGCAUUCCUACAACCAAGGAGGAGAUUCUGUCCUAUCGAGAUCUGACCUGUGUUAUAAUGUCUGUGUUUGUGUCAAGAAUAUUGCACUUGUCCUGCUUGUAUAUCUCGACAAUUUUCUCACGGGUUGUGGCGUAAUCGAAUCUGUGUCAUAUAUAAAUAGAAUUCAAUCAUUAUGUAAUUGGUCAUCAGUUUUACACUCAUGUCAUGGUUUUCAUGACUCUGAUGAUUUCUAUGUUUGAAAUGUCAACUCUGAAAAUCUAAAAGUAUGUACAAAAUCAGCAUACAAGCACAUAGUAUGAGUUUUGGUAUCAUGGAAGACAAGUGUUCAACACACACAGGCUGUGUCUUAUAUAGGACUUAUAAGUAGAACAUAAUAAUCUGUAUAUGUAAUGUAUAUGAUCUUGUAACAAUAACCAUAGAUUACUUUAAGUACAACUCACAAUAACUUUUGUGUAAAUGUUGAGCAUUUUGUGGGUAUUUGUUAUAACCAGAAUACAUAUAUCUUCUGACUUCAUAGCUAUGUCAGUCAGUGAGAAUUAAACUCACUCACGGCUAUUUAUAGAAAGUUUGACAACAGAUCACACAUACAGCUGAAAUUGUAAGAGUGUGGGUUUACUUUGACUGAAGUCAGAAUAAUUGUUUGUCAUGUCGUCAGACUGUGAUUAUAUUUGAAGCUCUGUAUGUAUUAGGCUGACAUUGAUGUGUCUUUAAGAGCUACACUGUAUCAAGCUAUUUACUGACUGAUAGUUCUUUCUGUAUUUUGUCAAGUGGAUCUGUCUGUUUCCUUGGUGACAACUGUUUUUCCGGAUUGAGAUCUUUGACAGUGCCAGUUUCGUGACUUUUGUGUUGAAGUGAUCAUGAUUUCCUGGUGAAAAUUAUACAUGUCUGUCUAUCUCUUCUUGUUGAAGAUGUUCGUGUUUUGUGAAGUGGAAUAGAGUGUACGUGACUGAAACUACCUUGAAUGUGGUAUUUUGUAUUUACUGUGCAAUGGUUCAGGUACAAACAGCAGUUUUAUACAGAUAUCGAUAUCGAUAAUACAUUUAUUGUGAUUCAUGAGAACUAAGUCUUUUGGAGCUAUACAAACCAACACCUGUGAAGCCCAUUAUCCACAGCUGUCCGCAAGAAAGGUUCCUCGAAGUGACAUUUAUCAAAUAAUUAUGGAAAUUUGAAAUUGUAUGCACCCAAUCUGUACCGUGUUAUCAUGCCUGCAGCUCCAACUCUGAAAUGUCGAUCGACUGGCAGAACUCGGAUUCGAGAUGACGGCAUCCGUGUUACAACAAGGGACAAACAUGGUUCACUGAAGGUGGCAGCACUGAGAUCUGGUGGUCAUGUGACUGAUGAGGCUAGGGAACACGGAGCUGUUCGAAGAAGUGCCACAGAUACUGUACAUAGAUCUCUAAAAAUGACAGAAAGUAGCAAGGAGGAAAAGAAUGGCGAUGUGAAGCCUGAACGCAGUGAUCCCCUGCCCGAGUCUUCCCUGAAACCUUACCAGACAGGGGUACUGGCUUUUCUAGCGGUAGUAGGGACUGCCAUUAUACUGAAAGACUUUGGGAUCAUUUGUCUUGAUCUAUGUCAUACUAAAUCUACACCACACAAAUCUGGAAGUUUAGUCACGCCUGCUGAAAAGUGGCGGGAAGCUGAUCAAGUGACACUUGAUAAAUAUGAUAUCGAUGUGUGCCAUAUUGACAGGGUGUUACGCUGAUGAAAUUACCGAGGAACGGUUUGACAAGGAAUAUCGGUUAAAAAAGCCUGUGCUAUUAAAGUUCCGGAAUGGCGCUAAAGACUGGACUGAUCCUGAAAAAUGGACUUUGAAGAGUUUAAAAUCAACGUAUGGACAGUGGAUGCUGUAUUCUGGUAGUUCCCUGGAAGUGGUAAGAAGAGGCGGCAACGGGUACUUAGGAUCGUCGUUUGAAGAAUAUGUGGACGGAAUGAUGGCUGAAGGGCAAGAUGAUAAAAAGGAGCCUCCGUAUGUGUUCGAUCGAUCGUUCUACAACGACACCGACCUGUCGGACACCCUGAACCUUCCGUCAUUUCUCUCAGUAGAUAACAAUCUAGAAGACAGCCUGUUUUUCCUGGGGUCUACUGGUACGGGAAUCAGCUUCCACAACCAUGCUGAUGCCUGGAACGCCGUCAUUUUCGGGUGCAAGCGAUGGUUCCUGUACAACAUUGACCAAAACCCCCCAGGCGGUGUGUCCCCAGGAUAUGGGCAACUAGACUGGUAUCACAAUCUGUACCCAAACCUGACAAAAAAAGAAAAGCCAACGGAGUGUAUUCAGGAACCAGGCGAGAUACUCUACCUGCCUGAAGGAGUGUACCAUGGGACCAUCAACAUUGGAGACACUAUAGCCAUUGGUAUCCAGAAGAAAGAGGCAGUCACUGAUGCUAUGAAGUAUAUUUAUGAAGAAAGUAGCCUGAGAGAGAAAGGGGAGACAACUGUGAUUGACAGGAUGGAGCUUAUGUUUAAAGUACUGGACAUGUAUCCAGAGAGUGCUGAGAUCAACCUGCGCCUGGGCAGCUUGAAUCAAGAGAUCAACCAGAUGGAAUCAGCUGAGAGCUACUUGGAAAAGGCUGUCCAGAUUGACCCGUACUUUGUCAUGGCCCUUCUCACUCUGGCUGAGGUGAAGGCUAAGUUGGAGAAGAAAGACGAGGCAGAGACUCUCAUGAAGAAAGUGAUAAAACUCAACCCCAACGUGUGGGAUGGGUAUGCCAAAUAUGGGACCUUCCUGAAAGAAAAUGAGAGAUUCAAAGAUGCUGCAGAAGUCUUCAGACAGGGAAUCAAGGUGGAGCCAUACCAGAAGGCCUUCUACUUCUACCUGAAGGAAAUGGAGGAGAAACUAGGCAACAAGGAAGCUGCUCGCAGAGUCAACCAGCAACUUCGCCGACUAGAGCAGAUGGAAGCGCAGGAAGAGUUGCGAGAGAAACGUGAUUGAGUUAUGGUUAGCACCGUUGUCAACAAUAUUUUGGUUAAGUCACGGCAUGUCUGUUUAUGUGAGACAGACCAGCUCACCAUUCAGUAAGGGAUCUUAGUGCUUAGCUCUAAAGUACUGUCGGAAAUAGAAAAAAAACUGUUUUUAGGCUGUUACUUUGUAUCCCUAAAAUUGACAAAUUUUCGAAUAGCAUAUAUCGAAAUAACCCACAUCGGCCUAACUGGGCUUUCAGUUGGAUGCAUAAUAACAUAUCCAAAAAAGCAUGUUUACUCGGAAAAUGGGGCAAAACUUAGAAAAAAUACGUAUAGCUGCUGAAAACAAUAGAUCGGACUAUAGAUGGCAAUUAGGUCGCUCAGCCA